AGUUUUUAGAUCCAUGCGGACUGCCAGCUGUUGUAUAUAGUUGGCCAGUUGUUUACAUUUUGGUCCGAAAAAUGCAGAAAAAGGAAGUAGGUCCAUUUGCCACGUUAGGCUUAAGGCCUUGGUUAACAAAACAAAUUCAAAAAUUGGGACUUAAAACGGCCACACCAAUUCAGCAGAACUGCAUUCCAGCAAUACUUGCCGGCCGCGACUGCAUUGGAGCUGCUAAAACGGGGUCGGGUAAAACAUUUGCAUUUGCGUUGCCGAUUCUCGAAAAACUGAGUGAAGAACCGACCAGUCAUUUCGCGUUAGUGUUGACACCAACGCACGAGCUUGCUUAUCAAAUUUCGGAGCAAUUCUUAGUUGCAGGACAACCGAUGGGGGUGCGUGUAUGCGUAGUCUCUGGAGGUACUGAUCAAAUGAUAGAGAGUCAAAAGCUUACACAACGCCCGCACAUAAUUGUUGCCAUGCCUGGACGGCUAGCUGACCACUUAAGUGGAUGCGAUACUUUUUCCUUUGAUAAUCUUAAAUAUUUAGUUGUUGACGAGGCGGAUCGUAUGCUAAAUGGGGAUUUCGAUGAAAGUAUGUCCAUAAUCGAAAGUUGUUUACCCAAAAAACGACAAAAUCUCUUCUUCUCAGCUACAAUGAAAGAUUUUAUUAAGGAAUCGAGUAUAUUUCCCAUCGUGAAAGAAUGUUUUGAAUGGUCAGAAGAGUGCGACAUUGCAACGGUAGAUACACUUGAUCAACGUUACAUUUUAUGUGCAGAUUAUGAUCGGGAUAUGGUCUUGAUAGAGGCGCUUAGAAAAUAUCGAGAAGAAAAUGAAAACGCAAAUGCAAUAAUUUUCACUAACACAAAAAAAUACUGUCAGUUGCUGUGUAUGACUCUAAAGAACAUGGGUAUAGAUAACGUUUGCUUACAUGGUUUUAUGCGUCAAAAGGAGAGAGUCACCGCUUUAAAUCGUUUUAAAUCCAAUCAUGUACGUACACUGAUUGCUACUGACGUCGCUGCACGUGGUUUGGACAUACCAAGUGUACAUUUGGUAAUUAAUCAUCGCUUACCGCGCACACCAAGAGAAUAUAUACAUCGCGUUGGGCGUACCGCCCGCGCUGGACGUAAAGGAUUGGCAAUAUCUAUACUUCGAUUUCCACGUGACUUGGAAUUGCUCGGUGAAAUUGAAACAGCAAUUAAUACGAAAUUGACAGAGCAUCCAAUCGAUCAACGAAUGGUGGAACGAAUUUUUAUGCAAGUCAAUGUAACACGUCGUGAGUCAGAAAUACAUCUAGAUAACAACGAUUUUGAAGAACGCGCUCAGAAUUAUAGGCGUAAACAAUGGAUUUUGGAAGGCAAAGAUCCUGAUGUAAUGGAAGAAUCUUUUCGUAAAAAUCAGCGAGAUAAAUUGCGUGAGUUACGGCGGCAACGGAAAGAACGCCGAAAGGAAUGGUCAGAAAAGGAAGAAAACUUUACACAAGAUGAACGUUUCAAAACAAUCGAUGUUAACAGCUUUGAAAAACGUAAAAAGGCGAAAACAGGAAGUGGUAAUAAUGGCACCGAUGAAAUUAACACUGGAAGUUCUGUUACACAAAAUAAAAUAUUAAAAUCAGAUACCAAAUCAAAAACUAAAAUGAAGCGUAAUCCAUGAGCAAAUGUAAAACAU